CAUAUUCGCCAUGGCUAUGGCUACAUUUUUCCCAUGAAGGCACUUCUGCGCUAAGUCCCGGACUAAAAAAUUCCGUGUUGCUUGGUUGGAUCCUUUGCAUCGGGGUUAGGUAGGACGGAGCUCACUCGUCUUGGUAUGAUCUAGGGUUCUUGGAUGUAGAGGAGAGGAAGAGAGCGCAGGGUGAGUGAUCGAUCGAUCCAAUCCGAAUGAGGCGCGCCGCCGCUGUGGAUGUCGAUCGCCGGCCCGGCAAGCGCGUGAGAUUAUGGGCGGAGCCGGCCGCCGCCGUGGAGCACAUCGCCACGAAUGUCCCUGUAGAAUGUGGGGGAUUCUACGAUCCAUCGAGGUACUGGCGGCAGCAUCCAGCGAUCUAUGCUCCAGCGCCAGCGAUUUACGCCGCUCCUCACUACUACCAGACGAUUGCGAGCACUUACACGGAGCCCCAGGAUUUUCCGCGGAGGAUUCAUGCUGGUAUGGUCACAGCGGCUGCUCUCCAGGUACCCAACCCCGUGACCGGCCAUCUCAACGUAGUAGUUCCUCCUCAAGCUUGCCACGAAGAUGACAAAGAUGGCCAUUUCGUUUUCGAGCUCGGGGAGAACAUCACACCUCGCUACAAAAUCAUAGGAAAGAUGGGUGAAGGGACCUUUGGGCGAGUCUUGGAGUGCUGGGAUCGCGACACACAGGAGUAUGUGGCUAUCAAGCUCAUAAGAAAUGUGCAAAAGUAUCGUGACGCCGCCAUGAUUGAGAUUGAUGUUCUCAACGAGCUUGCGAGAUAUGACCGGAAUGGUUCAAGACGUUGUGUCCAGUUAAAGCGCUGGUUCGAUUUCCGGAACCACAUUUGCAUGGUUUUCGAGAAGUUGGGACCAAGCCUUUAUGACUUUCUCAGGAAGAAUGAGUAUCGUCCUUACGCAAUCGAUCUUGUUCGGGAGUUUGGUCGGCAGCUGCUCGAGUCCGUAGCAUACAUGCACGAUCUUACUCUUAUCCACACGGAUUUGAAGCCGGAAAACAUUCUGCUCGUGUCUCCAGAUCAUGUCAAAGUCCCCGACUUCAAGGGCCUGUAUCAACGAUCAGGACCAGGACGGUGCUACGUGAGAGUUCCAAGGACGAGCGAGAUCAAGCUCAUCGACUUCGGAAGCGCAACAUUUAACAGUCAUUACCACUGCUCGGUAAUAUCGACGAGGCACUACAGAGCACCAGAAGUGAUACUGGGCCUCGGCUGGUCUUACUCCUGUGAUAUAUGGAGCAUAGGCUGUAUACUUGUUGAGCUGUGCUCGGGUAGUACGCUCUUCCAAACGCAUGAGAAUCUGGAACAUCUGGCUAUGAUGGAACGUAUAAUUGGUCCACUCCCUGCUCACAUGAUCGAGAAAGCAGAUCGACGAGCCGAGAAGUAUUUCAAGAACAAAGUGGAACUCAACUGGCCAGAGGGUGCUGUCUCUCGAGAGAGCGUUCGCGCUGUGAGAAAACUUCCAAGGCUACGGAAUAUGAUCCUCCAACACGUCGAUCAGUACCCAAAUGUGUUGCUGGAUCUCCUCCAAGGAUUGCUGAGAUACGAGCCAACGGAGAGACUAUCCGCGAAGCAAGCUCUAUCUCAUCCUUUCUUCUGGCACUAGAAAAAAGAAACGUAGCUUAUUUGUCUCAAGGCACAUUCUUAUAGACCAAAGUGUAAAGUAAUGCUGCUUUUAACGACUGGUGUAAAGUA